AUGCCGAGGGGCGCCGCCGCGUCCGCCAUGCCCGGGAUGAUCUGCAAGAACCCCGACCUCGAGUUCGACUCCCUGCAGCCCUGCUUCUACCCGGAUGAAGAUGACUUCUACUUCGGGGUCCCGGACUCGACCCCCCCGGGCGAGGACAUCUGGAAGAAGUUCGAGCUGCUGCCCACGCCCCCGCUGUCGCCCAGCCGCGCCUUCCCCGAGCCCAGCCCGGAGCCCUCGAACUGGGCCAACGAGAUGAUGAUGCUGUCGGAGGUCGAUCUGUGGGGCAGCUCGGCCGAGGAGGACGCGUUCGGCCUGGGCGGGCUGGGGGGUCUCACCCCCAACCCCGUCAUCCUCCAGGACUGCAUGUGGAGCGGCUUCUCCGCCCGCGAGAAGCUGGAGCGCGCCGUGAGCGAGAAGCUGCAGCACGGCCGCGGGACCCCGGCCGUCCCGGGCACCGCCGCCCCCAGCCCCGCGGGCCGCGCGCACGGCGGCCCGGCUGCAGCCGGCCGCGCCGGGGCCGCCCUGCCCGCCGAGCUCGCCCAUCCUGCCGCCGAGUGCGUGGACCCCGCGGUGGUCUUCCCCUUCCCGGUGACCAAGCGCGAGCCGCCGCCCGUGCCCGCCGCCCCGGCCGGUGCCCCCGCGGCCAGCUCCGCGGUAGCCGGGGCCGCUCCGGCCCCCACCCCGGUGGCCGCCCCUCCGCGCCCCGGCGGCCGCCCGGCCAGCGCUGGGGACCACAAGGCCCUGAGUACCUCCGGAGAGGACACCCUGAGCGACUCAGACGACGAGGAUGAUGAAGAGGAAGAUGAGGAGGAAGAGAUCGAUGUGGUCACCGUGGAAAAGAGGCGUUCCUCCUCCUCCAACAGCAACAACAAGGCCCUCACCACAUUCACCAUCACCGUGCGCCCCAAGAACGCAGCCGUGGGCCUGGGGCGCGUGCAGUCCAGCGAGCUCAUCCUCAAGCGCUGCGUCCCCAUCCACCAGCAGCACAACUACGCGGCUCCAUCGCCCUACGUGGAGAGCGAGGAUGCCCCUCCCCAGAAGAAGAUCAAGAGCGAGGUGUCCCCAAGGCCGCUCAAGAAUGUCGUCCCCACGACGAAGGCCAAGAGCCUGAGCCCACGAAAUUCAGACUCGGAGGACAGCGAGCGUCGCCGCAACCACAAUAUCCUGGAGCGCCAGCGUCGCAACGACCUGCGGUCCAGCUUCCUGACGCUCAGGGACCACGUGCCCGAGCUGGUGAAGAACGAGAAGGCCGCCAAGGUGGUCAUCUUGAAGAAGGCCACCGAGUACGUGCGCGCGCUGCAGGCCGAGGAGCAGCAGCUGCUUCUGGAAAAGGAGAAGCUGCAGGCCCGACAGCAGCAGUUGCUAAAGAAAAUCGAACUCGCUCGGACUUGCUAAGCCUUUCUCAAAUGGACAGUCACUGCCACUUUGCACAUUUUUUUUUUAAACAUUGUAUUGACAUUAAGAAUGUUGGUUUACUUUCCAAUGGGUCCCCGUUGUUUGGAUCUGGGUUAGGGGCAGGACCUGUGUGUCAUUCUGCGAAGA